AUGGUACUUCAGCUGGGGCUUAGUGGUCAGCCCUUAUCUGGGCCAGAUAUCGGUGGCUUUGCUGGCAAUGCGACUCCGCGGCUAUUUGGACGCUGGAUGGGUGUUGGAGCUAUGUUUCCAUUCUGUCGUGGCCAUUCUGAGGCUGGCACUGAUGACCAUGAACCGUGGUCCUUCGGAGAAGAGGUUUUCUUUGGUUUGUUUCCAUCAUUGUCUAGCACGUUGUCUAAUCAAGGAUCACAUGAGCUUCAGCACAUAUUGCCAAGAGGAACUUGGCUGAGGUUUGAUUUUGAAGAUUCACAUCCGGAUUUGCCAUCGUUAUAUUUACAAGGUGGAUCCAUCAUAUCAUUGGCUCCUCCACAUCUGCAUGUUGGGGAGUUUAGUAUGUCAGAUGACUUGACCCUACUUGUGUCAUUAGAUGAAAAUGGGAAAGCUAAAGGACUCUUGUUUGAGGAUGAUGGAGAUGGAUAUGGCUACAUUAAAGGCAGAUUUCUAGUUACACACUACAUUGCUGAGCGACAUUCUUCCACUGUCACUGUCAAGGUUUUGAAAACUGAAGGAGACUGGCAGAGGCCAACGCGUCGUGUUCAUGUCCAGUUAUUACUAGGAGGGGGUGCGAUGCUUGAUGCUUGGGGAACGGAUGGAGAGAUUAUCCACAUUAAGAAUUUCCAGAUAUUUUAUUUUGGUUGCUUACAAUUUGCAGGAGUUCAGUGGCUUCAUAGCAGGAUAGAUAUCAGUGGCUAUGAAGAGUACAGUGGAACGGAGUACCGGUCAGCUGGAUGUACUGAAGAAUAUAGUGUCAUUGAGAGGGAUUUGGAACAUGCAGGAGAGGAAGAGUCUCUUAUCCUAGAAGGUGAUAUAGGCGGCGGACUGAUUCUUCGGCGUAAAAUAAGUAUACCUAAAGAUAAUCCCCGAGUUUUUCGUAUCGCCUCUAGCAUUGAGGCCCGUAGUGUUGGUGCUGGUUCUGGAGGAUUUUCAAGGCUGGUAUGCUUAAGAGUCCAUCCAACUUUCUAUCUUAUGCAUCCAACUGAAACGUUUGUCUCCUUCACGUCAAUUGAUGGUUCAAAGCAUGAAGUUUGGCCAGAUUCUGGAGACCAGUUAUAUGCAGGGAACAGCCUCCCACACGGUGAAUGGAUGCUGGUGGACAAGAGUCUUAAUCUACGGCUGGUAAACAGGUUUGAUGUUAGUCAGGUCUUCAAAUGUAUCGUCCAUUGGGACUGUGGAACCGUUAACUUGGAGCUCUGGUCUGAAGACCGACCUGUUUCCAAGGAAUCUCCUCUGAAAAUAGAUCAUGAAUAUGAAGUCACAAAUUUCCCAUAGAUGUAUUCGCAAAGUUCUGUUUGACUACUUGGGUUGUCCAUUAUAUGUGCAUAAAUAAGUGAAUAUAUGGACAGUUGUGAUCAAGAUUUACACUUUCAAUGUAUGCGACAUUUUGUUGUAUAUUGCAUAUUUCACUACCUAAAUAAUCGGAUAUGUGAGCUUUGGUCUGA